UCAUUUUUUAAAGACAUAUGUUCCUCAAAAAACUAUCACUGCAGAAUGAAGUGCAAUGCUGAUGAACAUGCAAUUAAAUACUGUGCUGACUGGACCAUCUGCUGCAAACCAAAGAGAAUUCAAUUUAAGGAAAAAAAGUGGUGA